GUUCUCUUCGUCAAGCAGCACUUAACCGCGCCAACUUUGAGAUAAUUUCUGUUUUUGUCUUUGGUCCUUUGAAGUCGGUUUGCUGCCGUGCUCAUUCAUUCCGGAUCUCAAUUGGUCAUUGCCGUUCGUUUCCGGCGACAAUUGAACACUCAGCUAUAACCAUUAUAUUAGUUAACCAUCGAUACUCUCGAACCAGUCGUAAUACAUAAUAAUAGAACCAUCGCCGACCGGAGCGUCCUCCUGAAAGGCCCAGCAUGCUCAGGACGACAUCUCUCGCUGCGAUCGCCUUUCUGGCGACGACUGGCUCCUGCACGCCGCACAUUUGGGCCCGCGACACCACUACCACCUCACUCACGCAAUGGGUUAGUGUCGAUGAUAACGGCACGGCUCACACGGUGACGCCCUAUGUGACUACGAUUAGCGGUGCUGCUACCACCGUCUCUGCGGCGCCGUACGACAUCACAGGAACAGUCUUUACGCAAACGAACUACGGCAAAGUAACUACGAGUACUGGUACAACUCCUAAUGCGGCGACGGCAACAGCGACGAGUGGUGCCGGUUCCUUCAAGAAAUGCAACAACAAAGAUGGGGCCAAUGCCCCGUUUUGCUGGCCCAAGGGAGGAUCAACUUUGAACCCUGGGCUCACCUAUUACUUUACCUGGGAUAGCUCCUACUUUGCCGCCAACUCGACCAUUUUGAUCACGGGCGAUUACCUGAACUCGACGACCGGCGAAAUAUCUUCUCAGGCAUUCCAGUCCGACAAGAUGGUGGCGUCGUGGGGAUUCUGGGCCAUGAACGUCCAGUCGAGCCUUGUCUCGCCCAAAAACAUCUCGGUAUCGAUCAAUGCAGUCAACGUGACGACCGGUACGAACAGCACUGUGGUCACCGGCCCAACUAUCGCCAUCACGAACCCACCAGUAUAUCACCAGCCAGCCGCCAAGCUGCCUUCUGGUGCCGCUUUGUACAUAGCACUCCCCACAGUCUUCGGGUUCAUCAUUGUAUGCCUUGUCGGCGGGUGUAUCUGGAACCGCAAGCACAGGCGAAUCGAACUUGGCAACGUCAUGUCGCGCACCCGCCAUGGCGGCGGCCUUGGGAAACUGCCCGGACGUGGCGGAAAGCGCCGCAAGGAACAAAAGGCCGCAGAGCGUGUUCAGCUAUUGGAACGCGACAUCAUUGCCGAGGGCGGCCAGCUGUACCGCGACGAGCCUCAGCCUGAGCCACAGUAUCGUGAGCCACAGCAUCGUGAGCCGGAGCGUCGUGAGCCCGACCCCGAGCCUCUGCACAGGGAAGUCGAGCUUCCCAGACCCAGGCGCGACAGCGACGCGCUGGGAAGCCUGGCUGGCACGCCCACUGAGGACAGGCGGAUGGAGUUCCAGCGACCCUCUGCAAUUCGAGAUUCGACCGGCUCCUCGCGUCCCGGUACGAGCGAAGGCAUGCGAAAGGAGGACAAACCUGUAAGGGAAGUCAAGGGCUCCAAGGAUCGCUUCCGUGACUCCUACUGGGAAGCCUCGUUUGAGGGCAGGCUGCAGAAGCCAGCCAAAUGAGAACGCUGAAGCGGAUUCCACUCACAAGAAUCAAAGGAUUAUUCCCUUCAUCAUUUACGCAAUAAUUGAGGGCCAUGUCAAAAGGGGGGCGCAUCAAGCUGAGGCUGGUCUGCAUUGCGCAUGCGGACCGAGCCCAGCCUGAGGAGCCUAUAAUGAGAUAAUUUUAAUGAUUAUUGAAGUUGAUGAGUUACCACUGCGUUUGUUCCGUGUAUAUGAAGUGACAUC